AGCAGGGGCAGCAGGGGCAGCAGCAGCUUCAGCGGCCAUGCGCUACCGCUUGGGCGUGGUGUGCACGGUCGGUCCGGGCUGCCGCCUCUGGGCGUGCGGCUCGCGGGCAGAGCUGGGCGCCUGGGACCCCCGCGGGGCCGCGCCCCUCGCCGCGGCGUCCACGCACGGCGACGCCUCGUCGCUGGAGCCAUCCUUCUUCUGGGGGGACGUGGAGAUGGACGAGGAGGAGGGGGAGGAGGAGGAGGAGAGGGAGGAGGGAGUGGAGAGGAAGACUCCGCUGGAGUUCUCCUACAAGUUCAUCAAGACGGAGGAGAGCGCCCCGGGGCGGGUCGUGUGGGAAGGCUGCGGACCAGCUCACAACCGCCAGAGUCUCGACGCGGAGGAGCUGGCGGAGGCGCUGGUGGACGGUGUCGUUUGCCUCCCCAUCGGCCACUGGAUCGAGGAGGGCGGCCACACGGACGAGUGGAGGCACACGACGGCCUUCUACCGGCACAUCGCCGAGCGGCACUCCAUGCACUACUCCAGAGUUCUACCGCGUCUGUGGCUGGGCUCGUGUCCGCGGGUGCCCGCCCACGUGAGCGUGACGCUGCGCUCCGCCCUCGGCGCCACGGCCCUCGUCAACCUCCAGACGGCCGGCGACGUGGAGGCCAACUGGGGAGCGUGCGCGCCCGAGGGGGCCGGCGACGUGGAGGCCAACUGGGGAGCGUGCGCGCCCGAGGGGGCCGGCGACGUGGAGGCCAACUGGGGAGCGUGCGCGCCCGAGGGGGCCGGCGACGGCGGCACGGCGGCUCCCCGCCACUUGCAGGAGCUGUGCCGCAGGGAGGGGAUCGCCUACGUCUGGCUCCCCACGGCGGACAUGAGCACCGAGGACCGCACCCAGGUGCUCCCGCAGGCGGCCUGGAUCCUCCACGGCCUGCUGGCCGGCGGCCACGUGGUCUACGUCCACUGCAACGCGGGCGUGGGCCGUGCCGCCGCGGCCGUCGCCGGCUACCUGUGCCACGUCCUGGGGUGGACCCCGCGCCGGGCCCACUACCACCUGGCGGCCCGGCGGCCCGCCGUGUACCUGGACAACGAGGCCCUGGCGAGGGCCGCGCCCGACUUCCGCCGCAAGUUCGGCGCGGCCCUCGCCCUGCGGGGGGAGGAGGCCGCC